AUGGAAUGCCGCCUACACCCGCUCCAGCUGCAACGCCACGCCAGACGUCUGCUACACCUCCCUCUCCCGCUACUCCAGCACCGACCUCCGCGCCGCCUCCGCUCUCCACGACUGCCUCUCCAACAUCGACGACGCCGCGGAGGAGAUUUGCGACCCCCUAAAGCAGAUGCGGCAACUGGGCACGACGGGAGCGUCGGCGGAGAUGCCAAGGCGGUGUACGCCCGUGCCGCGGAGGCGAAGAAGUACACCAGUAAUGCGCUUGCGUUGGCUAAACGGAGGCCGAGGACAUGUAAUUUAUUGAUUUUUUAUUAA